CAUCCAAUAGAAAAGUUCAUCUGAACGGGACGCUCCGGCGGGGUGGGCUCUGUGGCACGUUGCGGUUCGGGUCCAGGUGUGCCAUGAAGACAGUGCGCUGAAAUUUCUCAUUCCGCCUCAAAAGCCCUCCCCGGUUCAUGUCCUGUCAAUCGACUUUUCUCUCCAUCCACCUCCAUCCAUCUGAGUCAGUCUGCUGACUGCCAUGGCUUCCACUGCUUUAUUGCUGCUGGCUCUCUCCUCCUUCCCCUCCCUCACAGUGGCAGUUUUGUUUGGUGAGCCCAGAAUAUACGGUGAGGAUGCUACUGGUUACGGCCCCAUAUUUGAAGAGGAGCCUGUGGAUGUGGUUUACAUCGAAGACUCACCUGAUGGGAGAAUCUCCAUGAACUGCAGAGCACGUGCUAACCCCCCAGCUACAUACAGGUGGCGUCGGGAUAACUGGGAAAUCAAGCUCAAGGAGCAGCCGGAUGAACACUACAGCCUGGUGGGGGGGAAUUUGGUAAUCACCAAUCCAAUCCAGAAGAAACAUGCUGGGACGUACGUCUGUGUGGCCAGGAAUAUUUACGGCACCGUUAUCAGCAAAGAGGCCAGAGUCAAGUUUGGAUUUCUGGGUGAGUUUCCUGAUGAAGAGAGAGAGCCAGUUUAUGUCAAAGAAGGACAGGGAGCAGUUCUGUUGUGUGUACCUCCAAAAGCCUGGCCACAGGAGGUUACCUACCGCUGGAUCUACAAUGAGUUCCCAGUGUUCCUGAACACAGACCGUCGUAGGUUUGUCUCCCAGAAGACUGGGAACCUCUACAUUGCCAAGGUGGAAGCUCAGGAUGCGGGAAACUACUCUUGCUUUGUUUCUAGUCCCGUCUUAGGAAAGAGUGUUUUCUCCAAAUUCAUCCCUCUCAUCCCCUUACCCCCUGACGAUGGUGAGGAGAGAAAAUACCCAGCAGACAUCAGGGUGAAGUUCCCAGAUACGACUGCCAUGCUGGCCUCUAAUAUUACAUUAGAAUGCUUUGCUCUUGGAAAUCCCAUCCCACAUAUUGUAUGGAGGAAGGUUGAUGCUACAGACCUC